CGCACAGCUGGUGCGUUCUCGUUCCGAGUUUUGCUCAGCAACGGGCAUCGAUGUCCGUGUGCGUUCUGCUGUCCGACGUCCAGGAAAUUGAAGGAAAUACGAGCAGGACGUGCGCUUAUGGCCGACGAACGAUAGCUGGCACAUCAGGAUGGUAACGGCAUGGCAGCAGAAGGAUGUCGUCGCAGGAAGGGAGACGGAGUGGUCGAGAGGCAGGCACCCGAACGUUAACAUUGGGCGUCGAAAGGCAACGGGAAAGCGCCCGUAGGCCGAUGUGAUCUGGCUUUUACCUGGACGACGUCUGGACGAGGUUGAAAUGUAACGCCAUGGACUGCCUGCGCAUAUCACUCUAAUACCAUCCUACAUUCUCCUCUCUUUUCACCACCACCGCUCCUUUUCUCGACACAGACACUAUGAGCCCUCACUGGAAGGGCAAGGCCCGCGACGACAGCUACGGCAAUGGUGCCACGGACGGCAUCGUCCUCCCCCUCGACAUGCUCAUCACCUCCUCAUAUGACGCCGUCUACACUCUCCCAAUCUCCGUAGGCGCAUCAUCCCAGGCACUCUCCAUCCAGGUCGACACAGGCUCCUCUGACCUCUGGAUUGCCUCCACCUCCUGCUCGACCCAGGCCUGCAAGCAGACCAAUGGCAAUCUCUACGACCCGUCACAGGCCCAGUCGACGGGCCAAACAUUCCAGAUCAGUUACGUCGAGGGAGCUGUCAGCGGGCCAAUCGUAUGGGACACAGUAACACUGGGUGGGUACGAAAUAGACGGGCAAGCACUAGCCGCCGCAACAUCCGUUAGUUCAGAACCCCUCUCUCCCGACUUUAGUGGAAUUCUUGGGCUCGCCCUGCCCGCCAACUCUAUCAUCGCAUCAGACGUGCCGCCCACGACCUCUAGCCAGCCAGACGGGGCAGUCCUGGCCUCCAAUCUGUUCACCAUUUCUCCUCACUACAUGGCACCUUCCUACCGCUUCAUCUCUCUCACACUUGCACGACCAGACGGCGGCAACUCCUCAGUUCCUUCUCUGCUCGGUCUCGGGCGACAUCCAUCACAAGACGUCGUUCCGGACCCCAGCAAAGUUCAGUACUCCACCCUCGCAGUCCCGUCGGGUAGCACAGGCAGCGCCCCUCGCUUUUGGCAAACAACUCUCAACGGCAUAAACGUCUACGUCGAUGGCGUCCAGAACCCCGUCAACGUCGGCUCGACCGCGACCGCGAUCGUGGACUCGGGCAUGCCCGUCAUCCUCGCGAGUCAGGACAUCGCGAACGGCAUAUACGGUGCCCUUGGCAUCGGCCCCGGGAGUGACGGCCAAUACUACGUGCCGUGCACGACCCCUCUCAACAUCAGCGUGAGCCUGGACUCGCGCUCGGACAUCCCCCUGCACCCGCUCGACCUCACCUACUCUGGUCAGGCCUACUCCGGCAGUCUCGUGUCCCCAAGCGGGGGCUCGUCGCUCCUGGCGUCCGGCGCGUCCGUGUCCUCCGCCUCUUCGAGUGGCAGCAUGUGCCUCGGCCUCAUCCAAGCGUACCCGCCGACCUCGGACGUGUCAAGCCUCGCGGACGUCAUCCUCGGCGUGCCGUUCAUGCGCAGCGUGUACACCGUCAUGGCCUACGACCCCCCAGACAGCAACGGCGCGUUCCCCAACGCGACGACCGGCCCCCCGCGCACCGUCAACCCGCGGCUGGGCCUGCUCGGCCUGAUCGACCCGAGCGUCGCACUGGAAGAGUUCAACCAGGAGCGCGUGCUCAACGAGCCGCUGCCGGCGACGCCGGGCUCGGGCGGCAGCGGAGGCAGCACGAACGACACGAACGGCAGCCGGGCGAACGUCGCCGUCGACCACGGCAAGAAGAUGACCGUCGGCGUCGAGGUGCUGCUGGGCCUCCUCGGCUUCGUCGCGCUGCUCUUCGGCGUCUUCGGCUCGUGGUGGCUCGUGCAGCGCCGGCGGCGCCAGCGGGAGCGGCGCGCGGCGGUCGCGCGGAGCCUGUACGACGACGACGCGAACGCGGACGGGGACAAGGAGAAGCUCGUCGAGCGCGACGCGAUCUACAUGCUCGCGCGACGGUCGACGCUCAGUUCGCGCUACGGGCCCUCGGAGGACACCCUCCGCGCGCGGCGGUUCGAGGAACACAUGAAGCAGCGCCGCGAGAGCGAGUACGACGGCGAGACGCUCGCGGAUGCCCCCCACCACCACUCCCUGCCGCCUCUGCCGUCGGUGCCGGUGCCGGUCCCGGACAAGCUCGCGGACGGACACUCCGACGACGGCGCCGCCGAGUUCGGGGUCCUUCCGCCGCGCCGCUCGCAGUACUACGCGGACGAGCCGACGCUCGUGCACCGCCCCGAUGACGACGGCGACGGCAACGACGAGGAGCAGGCACGGCUCAUGACCGAGUACCCGCCGUCGCCUGCCCCGACGCGCGCGCCGACGCUCGAGGCCGACGCCGUCGCCGUCCCGCUCCUCGCGCACACGCGCGCAGACUCGUCGCUCGACCUCCCCGCCUCCGCCGCGGCCGCCGUCGCCGCUGUUGUUGUUGCGCGCCCGGCGGAGCGCGUGCCCCUCGGGAUGGGCCGUCCCCGGUCGCGCGCGCGCGUGGGCAGCUUCGGCGAGCGCUGCGUGUCGGGGGCCGGGGGCUUCGGCCCCGAGCGCCACGCGUCCUUGCGCACGGUGUCGGGCCCGCGCCCGAUGAGCGCGACGAGACGGAGCAGCGGCAGCAGCAGCAGCAGUAGCAGGCCGUCGAGCGGCGGCGGAGUGUCUGUGCGCCGCUUGUCGGGCGUGCUCUCUGGGCAGCCUGCGCCGCCAACGGCGCCGUCGUCGCCGACACCGCCGCCGUCGCGGCGGCUGUCGUCAGAACCGGCCCUGCGGCUAACGCCGGUGCCGUUUGAGGAGAGCUCGGCGGGCCACGAACCAUAGGCUUUCACGCACGCCCUGGGUCGGCGUGCGUGCGCUCUUUCGUCUGUGCACUCCGGCGCUUAUCUUUGCACCAUGGAGACCAUGGGCCGUUUUCCUGCGUAUACCACCCAUCCUCUUCGGUUCUGUCGUACAAUCCACCUGUCCUUUUCCAAUCGAAUGCAUGCUCACGCGGACUCGUCAUCUUCUAAUUUCCACAGCAAGGUCGGAGUCGUAUUUUUGUACAGUCACCCUCGUAGUUUUUGUGGUCGGACACUCUCUCACUCUCUCACUCUCACUCACUCUCACGACCUAUUUCCUUGGGUUACAUACGUCGCCUAAAAGUGUAAUUUUCUUUUUUCGAGGAACGGAGGAAUAAUCGAGCAGGUCUUUUUUUU